GGCAAGCACUCGUGCCCCCCUCAUCUCUGCGUGCACGACUCUCUCCUCCGCAGUGCACUGCUGGACAGCGCUGAGCGCGGAGUACAGGACAGUGCAGGACAGUUAGCGCGCAUCAGCGAGGGCACGCGCUACCGUACAGUCCUAAAGAGAGCAGCACCCACAUGGAGCUAAUAUGAACUGUCUGAAGGCUGAUCUCCACUUCUCGACUCACACUUACAGAUUUACUGUUUGAGAGGGAAGGGACAUAUCAGAAAUGGACACAUUGGUGUGGAUCUGGAUUUGUGGCGCGCUUGGGCUGGUGUUUGGCUCUAAGCUGGAGCAGGCCAUAGACGAGGAGUGUGAGUCGGGCAGUUUCACUCGAGGUGGGGAGUGCUGUUUGCUGUGUCCUCCAGGAGAGGGAGUGGUCAAGGAGUGUGGGGCCACCCAGACCGAAUGCGGUCAAUGCUUAGACAGUGAGACAUUCUCUGAGACGUUCAGUCACACGGAGAGGUGUCAGACUUGCAGAGAAUGCACGGGUCUUAUGCGCAUGCAGACCCCCUGCACUGACUCGAACGAUGCUGUCUGUGUGUGCAACUAUGGCUACUUCAUGAGUGACCUGACGGGCGAGUGCGAGCCGUGCACUGUGUGUCCGCGCGGUCAGGGUGUGCUGCUGCGCUGCGAGCACUCUCACGACACGGUCUGUGAGGAGUGUCUGGACGACACCUACUCUGAUCAGGAUAGCACGCUGGACCCCUGCCUGCCCUGCACCAUCUGCGAGGAGGGAAUAGAGAUUCUCAUGAGGAAUUGCACACCCUAUGAAGAUGCAUGGUGUCAUGAUCCGUUGAGUCCUACCUAUCCCACUUUCGCUAGUGAUUCCAGUACAUCUGUCACUGAUCCAAAUGGUUUGUGGAGCCCCAACCCCGGAGGGGAUGCCACCACACCCAAACCUAGCUCCCCUCACUUCAUUGGCAGAGGACUAAAUGAGAACCUGAUUCCCAUCUACUGCCCCAUCCUUGCAGCGGUUGUAGUCGGCCUCCUGGCUUACAUCAUCUUUAAGAGGUGGAACAGCUGCAAGCAGAAUAAACAGGCAGCUAAUAAUCGCGCAGCCACAGCCAAUCAGACACCAUCUCCAGAGGGAGAGAAGCUGCACAGUGACAGUGGCAUCUCAGUGGACAGCCAGAGUCUGCAGGAGCAGCAAGCACAGACACAGGCGCAGGCCCACACACAGAUGCAUGCAACAGAGCAGAUCGUGGUGAGAAUGGAUGGAGGGGCUCAGCCUGACUCCCCUCCACCUCAGGCCUAACCAGUGAGGAAAAGAAUGCUAUGUUAUCAACAGUAAAGGAUGAGAGGUUGGAGUGAAGGAAACAAGGAUGCAAGGAAAGAGGAGAAUGGAGGAGUAAAGCCAUGAUGGCCAUCCAGCAAGGGACACAGAGACAAGAACUUGGAUCCUUUAGAACCCAGCAUGGACAAUUGAUUGAUGAGCUGGUUCAACAGCACCAGUGGAUCCACAUCAGCGAUAAGACCUUGGCUUAAAAUAGCCACUUCUAAAUAAACAUAAGCCUAUUACCCUGAAGAAAGUUCACCAUAACGUAUACUGAAACCCACCACAAACUCUGAUGAAUGUUUAACAUAUAAUGGGUUUCUCAGAUGUAUUAAUGUGCCCUUGUGACACAAACUCUGAAUGUCCUGUGCUUCACAAGAGGAUGUAAGGAGACACUAUCACAGACUUCAUGGAUAUCGCGCAAUUUAGCAGCCACACCAUGGUUCCUUGAUCUGGCGCCAUCGUUUUUGCCUUAUCUUUGAAGUAUUAAUAGAUUUUGUCUAUAACAUCAAGGCCCUUUAUUUAAUCAGAAUUGUACGCAUUUUCAUUCAGCCAUUUCCAGGCAUGUGUUAAAACUUUGUUGGGUUUUAUGCGUAACUACCAGUCGCCGUCUAAUUUUAAAGCAGCUGAUCUCAGGUCAGCGUUUAUUGGCAACAACUCACGACUUUGACAUUUGCUGACAUUUAAUAAUGUAAUGACUCAGAUCUAUACUUAGCUCGCCUUCCUUUUUCUCUCCUUCGCAACUUUUUCUCUAUAAAACACAUGCAUGGCGUGUCAUAUUCCCUGGCUUCCUCAAGUUACUGCAGUUUAGGUUUCAUUGCCUAGAUCUUCUUGCCUUCCCUCUUCAGAAAUCUGAGUCACAAUGCAAACAGAAACCAGAACGGAAAGAGCUACAGAACUAUUUUCAUGCCAUCAUGCACUCCUAGUAACCACCAUGUUUAUGUCCUGCCAUUAAUUAAUUCAUACCAUUUUUCAGGUCUGAUAGGGAUUUGGUGGGGAUUCAACUUAGCAGCACAUGUUUAAUAAUGAUUCCAGUAAUGAUUCUUGUAGUACUUUUAAGGAAACUUUAUCGACCCCCUUAAUAAUUUGUUAAACUAUUUACAAAACAAAUAUUGUAAUAUUUUGCUAAUAUAAAGUUACUUUAAUUUGAAGACUUAAAACUACAAAUAUGUAAUUUUAACUACAUAUUAUUAUAUGAAUAACUCGUAACUACACUGACUUAAGUCUCACAUGCCUUAAACUAACAAACCAAUUUUAAUGUUCUAUUUUAAAAGUUUGUUCAUUGACAAUUCAUAUGCAAUCAUCUUACGUGCGGCCAAUACUAGGAUUUCCCCAGCAUAUUUUCAAGUCCCUCUUUUAAAAUCCCCUUAUUUCUCUUUUCCUCCCCUUUCUUAGACUCUACAAUCAUUGACUCUUACUGUAGCUCUUGAUGACUCAUCUGUCUAGGUUUUCAUCAUCUUUUGUCACCACAUUUGUUCUUUCUUUCUUACUCUCCAACUUGGCUACAUGAUUCAUUCCAUGAAUGCUGAUGCAGAUUCAGAUGCUAUAAUGUGGUAUGAAUUACUCGACCAUCUCAGCAGUAAUGUGCUGGAAGCUGUCAUGGUCAGUACGAAAAAGUCUUAGGAUGCGUCACUGACCUGGACUAAGGGGCAAUAAAAAGUACUUUAACAUUAUUAUUUAAGCGUUAAAGUAAACCAAACAAACAAUUUAACGCUCAACAAAAUAAAUAGAAUGGCUAAAAAUAGUCCUUGGCUUCCUGUUUUUUAUCCAUCCAAUGGAUAUUGCACUUGUAAAUAGAUGUUAGGGACCUAACACAGAUAUUCCAUAUCUCAUCCACACCAUAGACUGUAUAAAAACAUGGACGAAGUGUCCAUGACAUCACCCGUAGUUUUCUGAAAAUCGUUUUUGAAUCUCAAAGUGGACGGAGCCGGCCGUCGCCAUCUUGCCAGCGCGUCACUCCCAGAUCAUCGAAAAUGGGCAAAAAGGUGGGAGCUGGUUGCUGACUGUCUUUCGUUGCAUUUCUAAUGCGCUCACUGUCAGGCUCUGGAAUAAACAUGAGAGUCAUUAGUUAGACAUUCCUGUCAGGCAGGUACAAAUUACCCCUGAAGCCUUCCAUUUCUCUUCCCCACAGUCAGUUCACUCUCCUGGGCCUCUGCUCUGCUCAGCUUCCCUUCCCUGGAGCUCUGCCUCUCCAUUCUGGGACUCACCAUUCAACUUUUUUGCUCUCAGCUCCACUACUAUUCCUACACUCUUAAAAAUAAAAAGGUGUCUUCAAAGCGAUGCAAUAGAAGAACUAUUUCAGGUUCCUCAAAGAACCUUUUAACCAUCAGCUUUUUUUUUCUCCUAGUGUUAAGAACAUUUUAAUGACCUAAAGAACCUUUUUCCACUAUAAAGGGUCUUUUGUGGAAUGGAAUGGUUCCAUGGAUGUUACAGGUUCUUAAUAGAACCAUAGAUGCCAAUGAAGAACCUUUAUUUUUAAGAGUAUACAUCAAUGAUUAAUCUACAGGAAAUCACAUUUUGAUACAACAAGACCAUGUAUUUACGCCUCCAAAAAUCCAUCUUAAGCAGUUAGCUGUAUUUUGGAACAAUUCAGCUGAUUUAAGCUGGUUGACCUGCCACCUUAGUUCAUAAGACAAUUUGACCACCUUAAGCUGGUAUGUUUAAAAAUAAAAAAUAAAAAAAAACCCUACCAGUUUAAGCUGGAUUUUCCAGCAGGGUAAUAUUUCUGUACUCAGUGCAAGUUAAUGACUGGUUUAAACUAUUAGACUCUCUGCCUUCUGCUUUUUUGGCAGGCAGGUUGUCAGCUCCAUCAGCUUUUAUACAGCUUUAGUUGCAUGCAUCUCCCCUGGUGCUGUGCUUUCCAUUAAAUCAGGCAGCAAAGCAUAUCAUUGGCUUCUAGAGUUGCUUGCAUGCUAGUGUUUAAUGCACAUCAUGGGUUGAACGUUCACUCGUGGGGCACUUCACUGAUGUUUGUUCUGAUAUUAGCCUACUUGAGAGAACCUGAUGAGAUCAAGAUAAGAUCUCUCAGUCUGUCUGCGGGAAUGCACUGAGAACAUAUUGGGUCGUGUUUAUCCCAUGCUUUGAUUCUUAACACAGAGCAGAAUAGUUGGCAGACAUCGAAUAGAGAGAUUUGUGAUGACAAUACAAUAGAAGUCUGAGUGACUGAUGCUUCUCAGGGGGUGGUGAUGUGAAUAUAUCGAAAAUAUGGCUAUAUUUUCAUAGUAUGCUAAACUGACUGGUUGUUGUAAUGUGUUCUGAGAAUAUACAGUAAGUAUGAGAGAGAGCCAUUUAACAUGUGUUUCACAUAUAACUCAGACGACUUGUGCUUGGCAUCUAAAAGGCGUCCAUGCAUCAGUAAGCAUCUAAAACAAUUGAUGUUAACUGGUAGAUGGACUCUUGAAUCAGUUCCCUUGAAUGUGCCAAAGUUGCCAUUAAAAAAAACAGCCAGAAAGUGUAUCAGAUGAAAACAAAACUUGUUUGCAAUAUAUUCACAUGCUAAAAAACUCCAUCCUUGUCUCUCCAUCUUUCUUCAUUUCUACUUCAGUAAUUCUUAAUUUUUUUAUAAACAGAUGUUUUUUUUUUUUUUUUUUAAAUAGAUGUAUUCUUUGAGAGCAGUAUUUUAUAGAGACAGUUUACUGUUGUAGCACUUAAAACCAAUUGAAUUUGAACACUCAAAGAGUGUCCAUCACCAGAAAGUGCCUGUGGACUUUUUCAGGUGUCUUUGAACAGUGUUCAACAAGUUUGAUUUCAUGUGUUUAUGUAUCUAUUUUGCCUGUGUGUUCUGUGUUAAUUAUAUGUGAUAGUUUUUUUUUGCCUUUUUUUGGUCUUUUUAAUCUUUAGUUAUAAGAAAAUGUUGAUGAGGUAUGAAAACAGUAUGUCAUUAUCCAGGUAAAAUACAUUCAGGUGAAUUAUCAUUUGAUCUAUUAUUCUGUUUCUGAGAAAUGCCUACGCUGCAAAAAACAAAACAAAACAAAAACCUUUUUUUAUGUUAUUCAGUUAAAAUAUCUAAACAUUCUUGCUUGAGAAACAAAACUAAGACAUUUUCAGAGAAUUUAUGUUGAAUUAAGUUCUUUUACCCCAUUAUCCCAACAACAAAAUUGAAAGAAAAAUUUAAUUAUAUAUUCUCUCAAAAUGAUUAUUGCUAUUUUACACAAAUUUGUUUCUCAAAUAAUUUUAUUUUACUUUAUUUUACUUACUUUACUUGGAAAACAAGACAAAAAACUGCUUAAGAAUUAAGAAAUUAGUUUUUCUCUUCUUUUUUGCAGUGUAAAAAGACAAAUACUGUAUGUGUUACGUCCAUCCCAUUGUGGGAAUAGAUGAUGCACCCCCCCCCCCACCAAAACUUAAA